UCAGGUGUGGAGCCAUACUACGCUUCAGGACUGGUGUGCUUCUGCUUGCUGGAGGGAAAAAGGACCUUCCAUGGUCCAUCGGCAGCAGUGGGCAUGAGCUGCUCGUCCCAAUGUUGACGGGCAUCUGAACACACUGGCUUGGGAAUGGCUCGCAGAAUCACUUGCUCAAAAGUGUCGCGCUUUUUUCGGAGCCUGACCCGAAAGAAGCCUCUGAAGCCCGAGGGUGAGGUGUCCAACUUCUGCCGUUGCUUGACCACCUUAGACCUGGUGGGUUUGGGCGUCGGCAGCACACUCGGGGCCGGUGUCUACGUACUGUCGGGAGAGGUGGCCAGGGAAGUGGCCGGCCCCAGCAUCAUCAUCUCCUUCCUGGUUGCGGCGGUGGCCUCCAUCUUUGCCGGGUUAUGUUACUCUGAGUUUGGAGCCCGGGUCCCCAAGACUGGCUCCGCUUACCUCUAUAGCUAUGUGACUGUGGGGGAGGUGUGGGCCUUUGUGGCUGGCUGGAACCUGCUGCUGUCCUAUGUCAUUGGAACAUCUAGUGUGGCCAAAGCCUGGACGGGAACUUUUGAUGACCUUAUUGACAACAUUAUUGCUCAAACUCUAGAAGACUAUACACCAAUGGAGUCGCUUGGCCUGGCUUCAUACCCAGACUUCUUUGCUGCUGGGCUGAUUAUGUUGCUUGCUGGGGUUCUUGCUCAUGGUGUGAAGGAGUCAGCUGUUAUCAACACAGUUUUUACUGCGAUCAAUGUAAUGGUUUUAAUUUUUAUCAUCAUCGCUGGCUUUAUAAAAGGAGAUCUCAACAACUGGCGCAGCAGUCGGGAGGCCAUCCUCGAUGCAACUCUUCUCAUGGAGAACUUUACAACCGCACAAAACGAAACAAUAGACUUGGGUGUUGGUGGCUUCUUCCCCUUCGGCUUUGACGGAACAUUAGAAGGAGCGGCAACCUGUUUCUAUGCAUUCGUGGGAUUUGACUGCAUCGCCACAACAGGGGAGGAGGUGGAGAACCCACAAAAAGCCAUUCCUCUUGCGAUCGUAUCGUCACUGCUCAUCUGUUUCUUGGCCUAUUUCGGCGUGUCUGCCGCUCUCACACUUAUGAUGCCCUACUAUCUGCUCGAUGGCCACAGCCCUCUACCUGUGGCCUUUGAAUAUAUUGGCUGGGAGCCUGCAAAAUACGUUGUGGCAGUGGGAUCCCUCUGUGCACUCUCAACAAGUCUCUUGGGAGUGAUGUUUCCAAUGCCGCGGGUGCUCUUUGCCAUGGCAAGAGACGGCUUGCUCUUCAAGCCACUUUGUUACAUGAGCUCCAGGCAAAGUCCCGUCGUUGCCACACUGUCUUCAGGAGCUGUGGCCGCUGUCAUGGUCCUGUUAUUUGACUUGAAGGCGCUUGUUGACAUGAGUUCAAUUGGGACCAUCUUUGCCUACACCCUUGUGGCAGUGUGUAUUCUCGUACUAAGGUACAAAGAAUGCCCUGGUCUUGUUCGUAGGCAGGAACCAUUUAGUUUGAUGGGUCUGUUGAGACCUCCAUCUCAACCCACCCACCGCACCUCUAAAAAUGUCAAUGUAGUCAUCAUCAUCAUUUUGUUUCUGGUGAUCGCUAUAAGCGUGCUGCUGUCCGAGGCUGUGCAGUCCCUUCGCAGACGAGAGUUGUGGAGCAUCCUGCUCGUCGCUGUCCUCGCGUUGACACUGGUCCUCGCCGUCAUUAUCAUCUGGAGACAGCCACAGAGCACAACCAAAGCUGCUUUCAUGGUCCCCGGUGUACCCAUAAUUCCAGUUUUAAGUAUCCUAAUGAAUACCUACCUGAUGGUUCAGCUGGGAGGAGAAACUUGGAUCAGCUAUGCUAUCUGGAUGGCAUUAGGUCUGAUCAUCUAUUUUAGCUACGGGGUUCGUAAUAGUGUCCAAAAGCAAAGGCUGCGGGAAGCUCGCAUCCAACUGAAUACCGCUGUAAACAGUGACGUUGCAGCUUAAUGUUGUGCGUUGAAUUGUGAUGUGUUGUCCACCUGCAUGAACAGAAUAUAUUCUUUGAUCAGGUCAAACCUGAUCAAAGAAUAUAGUUGGUCAUCAAGGAAUAACCUUGAAAACUAUUUUAAUACUCUGCAUUAUAGUUAUAGUUUUUUUUCAUUGAAUGUUUUUAUGCCAACUGU